CGUCACGAUGCAUCGCCUCCAGUCCGUCCCUGGCCCUUGCUAAGGAUUGUGUUGUGGGUGUGAUUUGCUUGUGUGGCCGGUUGUUUGUCAACAAAAAGCUAUUGUUAUUUGUGUGUGCAUAUUCAUAAUUAUCGGAUUCGACCGACGAGGUGUGACUGGAAGUCGAAAUCUUCACGUAAGUGAAUUGUUGCUAAUGAUACUGACAUUACCCCGAGUGAUAACAGAUGGCGCUACUUCCAUAUAAGUAAAAUCGUGUCAUUGAACCGAGCUGGCGCGGCGCGGCGUGCCUGCGCAGCGGGGCGCGACAGUCUUUAUCGGUCCAUGGUCUUGUUUAUUUGCACACAAAUUGGCGGUUACGUGCUCAAGUGGCGUCUGAUCGCUGCGACGAUUGACGCCCGAUUGCAGAGUCACGGUGUCGUCUCAACGAAAGUAUUGGCCUUGUAAGUUGAUACUACAUCCGCGCGGGCAUGCUAUGAAUGCAGGCGGCGCUUACGUAAGCCGAGCUAUCACAUCUCUCGCCUUGACUGAAAGUGAGCCUGGAGAACUGUUUACUAAAACAGUAUCAGUAGCGGAGUGAAAUACAGUUGACCUAACUAUCACUGGGUUAAACUAUUUCUGUGCCUAGGUACUCAUACAGUUUGCCGAUAAAUCCGCCUUCGAUGCUACACUUCGCUGAAAUAAUUGAAUAAUGAAGCAAAGUAAUAAGGUAACUGACAAAAUAGCACAAUUGGCUUCCGAAAUACACUGGAUGGUUAAUAAAAGGACUGAAAUACUAGAUAACAUUAAAAAAAAGGACCAAGAUAAAGAACCUCAUCCAUCUAAUUUCCAACAACAGUUAUCCAAAUCUGGUGAUAAACAUAAUUCUGAAAAACAAAAUACAAAUGCACCAGUGACACAGCAUGUCCCUGUACAGUUACUCAGUCCACCACAUGGAUCUGGCUCAAACAUCCAACCGAAAGAAGAAUCCAAAGAUAAAACAAUAAAAGUGGCUAAUUCAACAACAAUAACAUUGAUUGAAAACGGCGCUGCCAAUAGCGAAAAAGAUAAAGAUAAUAAUAAUUAUCCCAAAAACUAUUUUACAUUAGAACCCAAGAAUGAUAAGAAAGAUGAGAACAAUAAGAACAGUAUUACAAUAACUAGAACAACAUCAAAACAAUCUCCAGGUAGUGGUCAACCUGAAAAAACUAAAAGCCAAUCUAAGGUAACAAAGAGACCUCUACAAUGUCUGGAGACUCUUGCUGAGAAAGCUGGCAUCACCUUUGAGGAUAAGUACGAGGCUGCUAAUACGCUGCUAGCAUUAGACAAACAGAACAAUCCUUACCGGAGACCAGAGCUGAAGCAGCCAAAAUUAGAACCAGAUACUCAACAGGCAACUGAAGAGUACAGAUAUAGAAAUCCAAAAGAGGAGGAUGAUAAGUUACAGAUACAACAGCAAUUAAUUCAACAGCAACAACAACAAUUGCAUCAGUUGCAACAACAGCAACUGCAACAACAACUCCAACAAUUCCAACAACAGGCGCUGCAGAGACAGCACCACGCAAUACAACAACACAUCAAGAAUCAACAAGAUCAAGAACUGAUGCAGAAACAAUACCAGCAACAGCAGCAGCAGCAGCAGCAACAGCAGCAGCAGCAGCAACAGCAGCAGCAGCAACAGCAGCAGCAACAACAACAACCGCAGCAGCAACAACAAUCUGCGCAGAAAACUGACAUACAAGUGACUCAGACGGAUUUGUCGAAAAAUUUCUUGCAGCCCGUGCACACUCAGCAAUUCAACGUCCCCGGUAUAGGAGAGAUCAAUUUAAGUUUCUUGCCAUCCCCCCAAACCAACUUGUUCUUUGAGAAAAACAACAAAACUGGCAUCAACACGGACAUCAAACCACAACAAUUAGUAGAGGGUCAGGGUCAGGCUCAGGUAGUACAGCAGCAGAUUAGCAUGGCCCAGCACGAGCCGACACAACAGCACCACCAAACUGUCACCGUUGUGUCAUCCAUGCCUAGCAGCAUGGCACAUCAGGUGCAGCAACAGCAGCAAGCAGGCGGUAUCCAGCAGCAAGCCAGUGGCAUCACCACCAUGUCACCAUUGCCCAGCUUGCCGGCCACCACGCCCCAUCCGCAACAACUGAGUACGGACUGGGGCGGCCGGGUGCAAGUAAUACAACAGCCGUUGCAGAACAACAGCUAUCUACAACAACUCUACAAUGCUCAAGGGCCGCUAAUCAUGCCUGGAAAUAUUGCUUUACACCCAGGUUUAAACUCUCAACCAAUACAGGUAAUUACGGCCGGUAAGCCAUUCCAAGGGAACCAGCUGGCUCCUCACAUGCUUACUGCUCAAGGGAAAUCUGUCUUGCAGGGUCAAACAGCGCCGUUCCCGGGAUACGCCACUAUUCCUACUACGCAGAAUCAGACGUUCGUCUUCAGUCCGCUCGGUGUCAUCAACUCGCAGGCUAGCAUCAUUCCAACACAUUCACAGCCGACCGUCUCCGGCAUUGGACAGCAACAGAAAACCACUGAUAUGCAUAAGAUGAGCGGUGGCAAGGUGGCCGGCGCUAAGGUGGGAACUGCAACCGGCAGUGGUCAAACUGUGCCCGUUCACGCUCAGUGUGUCCAAGUCUCGCAACCAGUGCUCGGAACUCAGCAACCAACACAGGCUCAAAUUAUCAGCCCGUUACAGACUGGAGGGCAGACGAUGCAGUUCGCUCCGUGGCAGAUCUCGGGCGCUCUCCCCCAAGUUUGGACCGGGGGAUUGCAGGCCGGGACUUUGCCCGCCGGGGGACUCCUCGCACCCAAUCCGAUAUUCAUAAGGGGCACCCAACCAGAUGCGCCUCCCUCCAUGUUCAUACAGCAUUCUCCACAGAAUAAUGUUCAACACAACAACAAUGCGACCGUGGCCACCACCGCCACUGCAGCGAAGCCCAGAGCUUCGUCCGAUGGGAUGACAAAGACACCUCGACCUCUGUCCAACAUACUACCUUCAGGAGGCAUAAGACCUGCCUCUUCGGUUUCCACUCAGACUGGUACCAACCAGUCCCAAAGUCAGGGCAAGCACCGAGGCAAACAUGGAGUCCGAUCGCCGGCACCUUCCUCCAAACAGGAUGCAGCCAACCAGACCGCCAAUAAGAUGCAACAGCAAAUGCACCAACAGAAGCAAUCUCUGUUGGUGAUGAACUCGAACGGCCAGAUGACGCAAGUUACCAACUUACAAGACAAGCAACCUAUCACAAAAAAUCUGCAGCAACAAGCCAUUAUGCAACAAGCCAUGCAGCAACAGCAGCAGCAGCAGCAGCAACAGCAACAACAGCUGCUGCAACAACAACAGCAGACUCAGCAGAUGGUCCAACAUUAUCAACAAGCUAUGACACUGAAUAUGUCACAAGGCACACUACCCGUGGGUUCAGUUGCCCAGACAAUACCCAUGACUGGAUUACCACAGUUAUCCAUGGUGCCACAAAUACAUCCGCUUGGUGGAAUAAACCAAUCGGGAAACAUUGUGAACCAGCUUAAUACAAAUCAAAAUAGCCAGAACACUCCAAUUGCUCAAGUCCAAACAUUACAGCAACCACAGACGCUGGUAGGGGGAAGCUUAGUUCAAACUUCAGUGGGGAUGACAGUACAGCCUCAGGGAAGUAUAGCCCACACUACUCCCAUGCAAACGGUAUCGGCAAGCAGCCUGUCGUCGCCUCAAAUGAAUCUACAAACUCAAAGCGGCAUGGGCCUGGCUUCUACGCCGGUGCAAGGUUCAGUGGCGCCCGUGCAGUCCCAGACUCCGCAACUGACACACGUCAAGAAUGAAGAAGAUAAAACUCAACAGCUCGCCCAGAGGAAAGUGUAUGCUUGCCUCAACUUCGUGCCAAUCAGCUCGUUGACUUCAAAAUCCGGGACUGGGGAUGACACCGGAGAGGAUGUGCCGCCACCGACCAUGACCGUAAACACUGAAUACGUCACCAGCACAGAAGGUGCCGGACCUUCCAUGCCGCUUUUAGAAGCAACAAAUGACUCUGGUGCACUAAGUGGCUCCUUCUCAUCCGGUGCAAGUCUGUAUUCAGAAUUUGUGUCUAGUUUGCAAUCAACUAGUGAAUCUAUGACAUCAAAUGCUACCCCGGCUGUGUCUAAUGCCAGCAUGCCGAGCACUUCUCAAGUACAGAACCUUCCAGGGACACCACCGGUAAGCUCCGCAGCCCCUGCAUUUGCAACAUCAUCGCCCGUGCACACUGCGGUGCAACAGAGCUCAAAUGCAUUAUUCAAGAGUCCCCAAUGCAACCGUCACAUUGCAUCGCCGGCUGGUCAUGAUAAGGGAUUGCCAAAGGCUAUGGUAAAGCCUAAUAUUCUGACGCAUGUCAUCGAAGGCUACGUAAUUCAGGAAGCGGGAGAACCGUUUGCAGUGAACCGGCCUUUCCGUGAAUGGACGGCUACAGGUGACAGGGAACAAGACAAAAAUCGUGGUACUAAAAGAUCGUUGCCUAAUGAUCGUGAUCAAAGCAAGAAGCAGAAGAUUGAGACUGCAGUAUCCAACAAUGGUACAGCAGCAGCUGCUGCAGCUACUGAGGUGCCUGAACCGAUACCCGGCACUUCAAAAGCAGCUGCUGAACCACCUGCUGCCGAACCCGCAGAGGCUGCACCACCUGCCAGGGUUGUCAAUGCCAACAAAUGGACGGUUGCUGAAGUGUACGAGUUUAUCAGGAAAAUACCUGGCUGUGCGGGCUACGCUAAUGAAUUCCUGGCUCAGGAAGUUGAUGGUGAGGCAUUGCUGCUCAUCAAGGCUGAGCACCUUGUUAUGGCGCUGUCCAUCAAGCUGGGGCCCGCACUGAAGAUUGUUGCCUGCAUUGAUGCUCUGCGCCCGGAGAAUGAACAAAACUCUAAUGAGCCCGAAUGAGAAUUAAUUUUCAAAAUUAAUCUCAUGGACUUUGAUUAAAGCGAGAUUAAAUUUCUUUAAUAAUACAGUUAUGAUAUUUAUUAAAGAAGCGCAGUGACUUCAUAACGUAAAUGUGUAAUUUUUGUUAUUUGUAGUGAAUGUGUUUUGUGUAUGGUGCAGUGCAUCAGUGAAAUAAUUUGAUUACAUGUGUUUUGAAAUAUUAACAUUUAUUAUAUAGUUAAGAUGUAGUAGUCUAUGUAUAGUGUCUACCAAAAAUAUUGUUUACUCGACACAUUUAUUUGGAAUAUGUAUUCCACUUUUCUCUUAUGUAUUGUUAGUCAUUUUUAUCUUUAUAUUAAUUUAACUAUCGUACUUAUAUUUUGUAUUAUUUCAUUAAUUGUACAUUUAAGAUUGGUGCAAGUAUUUUUUUUAUAAUGAAUUUGUUGUAAAUAUUAAGCCAUUCCUGUUUCCGACUAUAUUUAGAAAUGCGAAUGGCUUCUUAAAUAUUAUCCCUUUUUUUGUUAUUUUGUUGAUGAACUUAAGUUUUAAAAUAUGAUUGUUUAUAUUUUGUGUGUUUAGUUUUUAUAUUUUAAGGUAUUACAGCAACAUUUAACUGAUGGCUACAACUAAAACUUAAGAAUAUUUUUUUUGUCAUUCAAAAUCAGCUCUAAAAAUCUAUCUUGUUAAACACUAGAAUUAUUUUAGUGUAUAACGCGACUCCAUAACUUCUGUUGUAAAGUUCAAAGAAGCAAAAGCGAACGGAAAAAAGACUAUAUAUGUUCCAAUAUAAGGUUGAUUUCAUUUCAUUAAAAUUAGUUAGCACGUUAGUUCUGGAAAGAUGUAAGUUUAAAACUUUUUGUUAUACAUUUAAAUAAUAUUGACCAUUAGAAAAAAAAAACAAAUUUUCUUAUCAAAAUUUAAAUUAAAUUUUUUUUUAUCAAAGGCACUAGGUAUCCCCGCGUGCCCUCACAAAAUUCCCUAAGUUGUAGCCAUUAUGUGGUGUCUGUUAAUACCUUGCUAUCGUCAUUUAGGACACAUGUCGAGUGGUCCGCCUAUUCCAUAUUAAGUUUUAGCACCAUUCAUUUGGUGCUUUUUAUUUAAGUUGAAUAUUAUUUUAUAAUUAGAUUUAACACACUGCAUCAAUAUGCAGUAUAUAUGUAAAUAAUAGUGUUUCCCUUCCCCCUAACACAACAACCCGCAUAAUGAUGAAAUAGCAUUAGGAAACUUGUAUCUUUUCAUAUGUUAGUUUGUAGUUAACGGAGCUGAAAUGCCCAAGACCCCACCAUUCAAACAUAGACUUACAAUAAAUCAUUACUAACGGCUGUUUGAAGCCCGAGAGCUGAGGGUUCCAUACCCGAGUCACUCAACAGUAAAUAGAAACUAUUCAUUACAAUAUAUAACAUUAAAGUAGAAUUAGAUUUAAUUUAAUUAAUAAUUAAUCUAUUUAAUAUUUAACAAUACUUUGCACCAUCAUCCCUAGUUUUGAGUUUAAUUCAUAAAUGUAUCUGUAAGUGUAUAACAUAAAAUAAUAGAAGAGUAAUAGACAUGUCUAAGUAACCUCUCUCUAGUUCUGAAUUUUUUAUGUUAAGGCUAUGGUUCCAAAAAAAAUUUAUUACUAGCGUAUAAAUGGAGACAUUAGAAUGUCUGAUAUGUAUGUGUGUAUGAAAGUAGUAGUAUAUGUAUGUUUGUAUACACAUAUAUAUAUAUUUAAUAUGUAUCAUGUUUGAGACGUUAUUACCUUUUUUUUGUAAAUUUCUGGAACAGACACAUAGUUGUCUUAAGUAUUAGUAAUGUUAUAAUUAUUAUAUUCAUAUUAUUAAUAAGCUUAUUACGUGUUGGGAUAAAGUUGUAGUUGAUUGGUGUAUCUUUUUUGUUUACAGCGAUAAGUGUGUACUUUGUUUAAUAUAUAUGAUUGUUAAAGGAGGCCGCUGUUGGUUAUAAAUAACCAAAUGUGCAAUCGCUGUUUACAAAUUUUAUUCAUAGUUUCGCCAAAGUAAACGCUUUGUGUUUAUUUUUUAUUUUUCAUAUAUUUGAUUUUAGUACCGCCGUAUCCAGAGUUCAAGUUUAAGGCAGAUACUUAAUGUAGAAAUCAACACUAAAGUGUUUAUUUAACUCUGAGUUCGGUGUUAAUCAAUUUAUCUAUGGUGCUACUUAGUUCUUGUGUUUAUGUAGCAUAUUAUUUUGCAACAUUUAUUUUUUUUUAUAACAUAGUAUAGUAAUUUGCAUAGUUAUAUUUUAUUUGCGAAGUAAAUAUUUGUACGUAAAAUCUUGAUAUCUGUAUUUGUUUUAAUUUUAUGGAAAUACCAAAACAUGUCAGUAGUUUUUCUAAAUAAAACUUCUCUGAUAAUUACAUAUUUUGGAUGUACUUUUAAACGUAAAAUUAUAUAUUUAAGGCUAGUAAUUUGUUAAUCAUUGUGAAUGUUCUCCGUACUAGCGGAUUUGAUUAUUGACUUACGUGUUACUUGAGCCAAUGAGCCAAUGUAACAGAAUAUUUAGUGCAUCGAUUUAUUCCAUAAACUUAAUGUCAGAUUAAUGAAUGUGUAGUGUUCGAUGUAAGCGUAUAUAAAUUAAUCUUUAGUUAAACUGAAGAUGUCGGCAAUUAUGUUUAUUGUACUUUUCAAUAAUAUUCUGAGUGUCUAUGUAUUAUUCAGUCCCAGGCGCAGUCAAAUGUAAUCUCACUAUUGUUGUCGCGAAGCUUUUGUAAAAACAAUUUCGUAUAUUUAAUGGAAUAUUAGAUGUUUGUUCGUGCGCUGCAUUAGUGAGAUUGCAAAUUAAUAUCAUGCAACUACCAUUAUGUAUUAAUAAAAUAUCGCAGAGCGAGCCGGUCGUUUCGAACGAUGAUGAUCUUUUUCAAGUCCGUAUAAAUGUUGCUCAGAUAAUUGAAACACUUAAUAACCAACAAAAUUAUUUAAUAAAGUGCAUGAGACUGA